AUGAAGGCAGAGCUUAACUUACCAGCUGGAUUCCGAUUCCAUCCGACGGAUGAAGAGCUUGUGAAAUUCUACUUGUGCCGGAAAUGCGCAUCGGAGCCGAUCUCAGCUCCGGUUAUCGCUGAAAUCGAUCUCUACAAGUUCAAUCCUUGGGAGCUUCCUGAGAUGUCUCUGUACGGAGAGAAAGAGUGGUACUUCUUCUCACCAAGAGACCGGAAAUACCCAAACGGUUCGCGUCCGAACCGGGCAGCGGGAACUGGUUAUUGGAAAGCGACCGGAGCAGAUAAACCAAUCGGUAAACCGAAGACGUUGGGUAUAAAGAAAGCACUCGUCUUCUACGCCGGGAAAGCCCCAAAAGGGAUUAAAACGAAUUGGAUAAUGCACGAGUACCGUCUCGCUAAUGUCGAUAGAUCAGCUUCUGUUAACAAAAAGAACAACCUACGACUUGAUGAUUGGGUUUUAUGUCGAAUCUACAACAAGAAAGGAACAAUGGAGAAAUACUACCCUGCGGAUGAGAAACCGAGGAUCACGGCAACAAUGGCUGAUCAAUCAUCAUCGCCAUUUGAUACAUCUGACUCGACUUACCCGACAUUGCAAGAGGAUUCGAGCAGCUCCGGUGGUCACGUGGUGUCACCAGACGUCCGGGAGGUUCAGAGCGAGCCUAAAUGGGGAGAGCUUGAAGAUGCUUUGCAGGGUUUUGAUACUUCCAUGUUUGGUGGUUCCAUGGACUUGUUGCAGAGCGACGCUUUUGUGCCUCAGUACUUGUACCAGCCUGAUUAUUUCACUGCCUUCCAGGAUCCUCCCGAGCAGAAACCAUUCUUGAAUUGGAGUUUUGCUCCACAAGGGUGA